GCCGCCGUCACGGUUGUCGUCGCAGUCGUCGUCACCGCCGCGUAGUGGGUCUCGCGCCGCGCGUCGGAACUGAUCGCCCACCGUCGUGGUGUCGGGUGGUCGUCGCAAGUUAUUCCGAACUUGCCGCGCGAUUACUCCGGAGCUCGCGAAACCGCCGCCGCCGCCUUUGACCGUUAUCGCGGAUUUGUGUCCUCCAUCCCCCCCCCCAUUAUUAACCAUAGUUACACAGAGGGUUACGUAAAAAAAAAACCCCCCGCUUGCCGUUGACGCGGAUACGGACUGGCGGACACUGCGCGGGACCGGUGCGCGCGGGCCGGCGUAUAACACGACGUGAUCUUAUUAUAGCAGUCGCGGUAGUAACGCUACCCCUCGAGCACGGCCUACAAGAGGGAACACGACGACGACGGCGGGAGCGGGGGUCGGAUCCGUCGGAGACGCGACGGCGGGCGGCCACGCGGCGACCGUGCAGCCCGGCGUGAAAGACGAUCGGCUUCGAGGACUUGGAGUGGCCGGACGUGUUCGACGACCGGUUCUACGAUGACGACGUGGACAUGCGCUUGGCGCGGCCGCAGCCGCUACGGGCGGCCGCUGCCAUGGUGAACAGUGGUGCCGGCCGCACCGCUCUCGCUGGCACCGGGCACUACCAUCAUCACCACCACCAUCACCACCUGCAGUCGCAGCCGACCGCCAACCUCCUGCACCACCACCACUAUCUGCACCACUACCACCACAACAGCGUGUACUACCGCGGCCGCGCGCACCCGCAGCGCCGGCACAACACUCACCACCACCUCGCGGACAAAACGUCCUACUAUCACCACAACCAUCACCACCACCGGGGCCAGUCGUCGUCGUCGCCGCCACCACCGUCGUCGCCGUCCACGUCCACCCGGCCGCUCUACAGACGGGUGUACAACUUCAUCCGACAGGCGUGGACUGGCGUCAAGUUCUCAUUAGAUUCCGAAUUUGAUGAUUUGGAAACACCGCCCAGGUACAGACCCGAAAGCGUACAAUACUUUUGCCGGACAACGGGUUUCACGGAAUCGGAAAUUAAAAAAAUUUACCGUAAUUUCAAGACAGAAUGCCCGACCGGACUUAUCAAGGAAGAUGCGUUCCGCGGCAUUUACUCGCAAUUUUUCCCUCAAGGAGCCAACAUAAGUCAAUACGCUCACUAUGUCUUUCAAUCGCUGGACCACGAAAGAAACGGCAUCCUAAACUUUGAGGACAUGGUGCAAGGCCUGUGGACGCUGUCCCGGGGAUCGGUGGACGACAAGCUCCGGUGGGCGUUCACGCUAUAUGACCUGGACGGCGACGGACAAAUUUGUCGGGACGAGAUGACCCGCGUCGUGACGGCCAUCUACGAACUGAUGGGCAAAUUUGCCGAACCGUGGCUCAAGGACGGCACGACGGUGGCCGCACACGUAGAUUUCGUGUUCCAGAAAAUGGACCUCAAUCGAGACGGUGUGGUGUCAUUCGACGAGUUCAUGGAAACCUGUAAAAAUGACGAGAACAUCACCCGUGCAAUGAUCUCAAUGUAGACGAGAGACAUCGUAAAUAUAGAUGAUCCGUAUGAUACCGACAUACCGUGGACGUUGUUCGAAAAUAAAAUUAUACCAAAAAAAUUGAACGGUGACAUCGGUGGCACGACGUAAAAUCGGCAGACAUCAUCUGAACGAUGAACAGUAGUAUAUUAUAAUAUGAAAUAUAAUUUUUGUUUUUUUUUUUUU